AUGAAUCUUAUUGGGGACAGAGACGGUCACAAAUCUUCUUGGAACACUGCUUCCGCGGGCAGGGCAUUCGACUGCAGCGAUUCCAUUCUCAGGGCCUCCCUCAACCAGGGUCGCAGUUGGUCCCGGUUACUAACACCGACGAGCCUUGUCGCACACAAUUUAAUUAACUUAUCCAGAAUUAAUAGGUAUCUGUUCAGGCAUCCUUUAUUGUCAAGUAUUUAUUCUGUUUCCUAUUUUACAGGGGGCAUAUGGUUAGACCAUGUACCGUGUUAUGUCGAUUUGGAAUCAAGCGGCCAUCCGACUUGGCUGACUGUGGUUGAAACGACGCAGCAAGCCGACCCGGUCACAGUGCAGCGCAGUUGGCUAUAG